AUGAAAGUGUUCUUGUGGAAGAUCGUGCAAAAGGCUCUGCCUCUCGGAGAUAAUCUUCUGAGUAGAGGACUCCCUGAUUGCGCCUGCUGUAUCCAUUGUGGUGAGCUUGAAACUGCCGAGAAUCUCUUCUUCCAAUGCCCUUUUGCCCAAAAGGUCUGGUCCCUAGAUCCUCUCAAAUCACCUAUUAGCCCCUCUCAGGAAAACAACUUCACCCGAAGCCUUGUCAACGCAAAGACCAUGAUAUGUCUCCCACCGACUGGCUUCCAUCUAGGACCGAUCUUCCCGUGGCUAGUCUGGGCCAUUUGGACGGCGAGAAACUAUCUUGUCUUUGAAGACAGACCCUUCUCCCCUGAAAACACCAUCCACAAAGCCCUAAGUGAAGCAAAAGAAUGGCAGAACGCCCAAUCAAACAUUGAUACUACCAAGCCUCAUACAAGGAAUCAGAAACCACAUAGAAUCUAUGAAGACUCAGUUACCUGCUUCACUGAUGGAGCCUGGAGCUUAGAUACAGGAAUAGCCGGCGCUGGCUGGAUAUUCCUCGAUAGCUUGGGAGUCGAACUAGGUUCAGGACAAUCGGCUGAGAAAUUCGUUUUGUCUCCAACGAUGGCAGAAGCGCUCUCAAUCAGAUAUGCCCUCAAUCACGCCCUAGAGAAUCGCUACACCAAUUUGAUUCUCAAAUCUGACGCUCAGGACCUCGUCCUAGCUAUUACUGCACAAGAGCCCAUCAAAGAGAUCUACGGUCUCCUGUUUGAUAUCCAUGCUCUUGCAUCUCUCUUUUGCUCUGUAUCAUUUGUGUUUGUUCCCCGAUCACAAAACUCAAAGGCCGAUCUUCUCGCUAAGUCAGCGAAGAGCCGUUUAUGUCCUGUAUCUUGUCCCGGUUAA